CAAAAUUUCUGGCCUCUUUUUUUUUAUUGGGCCAUUUCGUGAUUUUACUAACCCAAAACGGUUGAAGGACGAAAUUACAAUUUGGUCCCCAAUCACAUUCUAUAAAAGGCCAUGGUCACUCAACAUGGUUGAAACACACAAACAGAGAGAGCACACAAAAGAUAGAGAAUAUUAAAGCAGGUUGAGAAAGAGCGACUACUUUUUAGGUUGCAAUAAUGAAGACAGUGUGUGUAACAGGAGCAUCAGGUUUCAUUGCCUCGUGGAUUGUCAAGUUCUUGCUCGAGAGGGGUUAUACAGUCAAGGCAUCCGUUCGUGACACCAAUGACCCGAAGAAGACAGAGCACUUGAUGUCCCUUGAAGGAGCCAAGGAGAGACUUCACUUGAUGAAAGCAAAUUUACUCGAAGAAGGCUCUUUUGACUCUGUAGUCGCUGGUUGUGAUGGUGUUUUUCACAUUGCAUCCCCAUUUUACCAUGCAAUUAAAGACCCUCAGGCGGAGCUGAUUGAUCCGGCGUUGAAAGGGACACUGAAUGUUCUCCGGUCAGUGGCCAAAGCACCAACGGUCAAGAGGGUAGUGCUGACGUCAUCCAUAGCUUCAGUCGCAUACAAUGAUACCCCUCGCGGCCCCAACACUGUUAUUGACGAGACUUGGUGGUCCGACCCUGAAUGGUGCGCAAAUGCCAAGAAAUGGUACGUGCUGUCGAAGACGGUGGCGGAGGAGGCCGCGUGGAAGUUUGUGAAAGAGAAAGGUAUCGAUUUGGUGACGAUAUGCCCACCUAUGGUGAUUGGUCCUCUCUUGCAGCCUACCCUCAACACAAGUUGUGAAGCUAUCCUCAACCUCGCUAAUGGUGCUGAGACAUACCCCAAUUCAACUUAUGGGUGGGUGAAUGUGAAAGAUGUUGCAUUAGCUCAUAUUCUUGCAUUUGAGAAUCCUUCUGCCAACGGGAGGUAUCUUACUGUAGAGAGGGUUGCACACUACUCUGAAAUUGUCGAGAUCAUGCGUCAAAUCUACCCUGAACUUCCUAUUCCGACCAAGUGUGCGGAUGACAAGCCAUUUGCGAGCAAGUACUUAGUCUCAAAAGAAAGGGCACAAUCUCUGGGAAUUAACUUCAUUCCUGUUGACCAAGGGCUUAAAGAGACUGUUGAGAGCUUGAAAUCGACCAACUACUUCAAAGUCGCGUCGCUCAAUUGAGGGGGAGCUCAUAAAACUAUUAAUGGUGUCGGCUAUGUGUUUUAAGUUUUCUGCUGACUACAAUAGUAUUGCUGACAACAGUAGUAUUGAGCAGCAAUAAGUAUGCACCCUCACUAUAUUUUCUGUACUAAAAUAAAGAUCUUGGACAACUCUCUCUCAUUUUUAUUUUUUUUUUUUGUUUNCAUCAACAAUAGCCAAGAUUACAUGAGACUUGAUCGACUUUUUUCGUUCUUGACCGUGAAUUGAGGAUCAUCUUCAAACUUUUUUAAAUCUUAUUCGAACAAUUAGG